GGCUCAUGUGGCGCGAAACAUCGCCCGGGAUCUGGCAACGCGGUAUUGACGAAUUUGAGCACAUCUACUUCGCGGUGGCCAAGCUUUACGAAGGCAGGGCCGCAUAUUCUUCGCUAUCACUGGUCACUUGACUCUUGUCGUCGAUAUACCCAAUUGCACAAGACCAAGGGGAAGCUGAAUGUCGCGUUGCGAGACUCUACAGAAGGCUUGGGUCACCUAAAGGUUUGAUCACCCCCCACGAUAGCAUCCCCGGUUAUGUAGGAUGCUGAACCGGGAAAUCUGAGCAAGUUGUAUCGGAACUCUCGACAUCAUGCCCAACAUAGAGGCUGGCUUGAGACCACACUGGUGUCGGUAUCGACCGGCCAGACUGGCGUCGAAUGGGCCAGCAGAGGUCUACCUGCGUCUGCGGUGGCCAUGCUCUUCAUUGGCAGUCUACCAACAUCCUCCGACCAAGUUGUGCGUCACGAUCUCGUUUUGCGAUCUCCUUACAAAAUCGUUGACGGCAUUGGAACGAUCCAGUACAUGUCUCAAAGGCAUACGCUGAGGGCGAGUCUUAUUCUGUCCCAAUGCCUCCGAAUCGGCGAACCUCAAAAGCAUGAGAGGAUAGCUGAUAUUUCAGCACUGAAAGCAGCAUCCGCACGGAGAUACGAAAAAGUGACCGUACUUGCACCUCCUUUGAAAGAUGGGCGCUCUGGUCCCGGGGAAACACCAGUAUGUGGCCCUCACGUGUCGACAAAACAGACGACUCGCCAUCUGGAGGCCUGCAAGGCUGUCGAUGCCACCAUCACGCACGCCUUUCAUGCUGCUAUUUCCACAGCAGUACGAGAU